CACGAGAGGGCGGGCUGUAACAUUACCGGUCAUGAUAUUUAAUUUUUUUGACGGAUUGAAUCAUGGAGGAAGGAAUAAAUCAAAAUCUGCUGCAAUGUCCCAUAUGGCAGUGUGAUCAUGUGUGAGGGCUAUGCAUGAGACUGUGAAUUGCCUGCAUCUCGCUCAGCGCCUAUUAUAACCCAUUGGCACUGCACGUCAAGUGUUUGUCUUCUGUCCGAGGGAAACGUAAGACGCUGAGCGUGGGUAGUACACGUGUCAUUUCUCCACGGGAUGCAAACGGAGAAAGGUCAUCAAUUUUGAAGAUCGAAUCCUGUCCUUUGUGCAUGCAGCGUGUGAGAGUGGUUUCUGAACUGACUGCCAAAAACCAAUAUCAUUAAAGAACAAGAUGGCCAAAGAAAACGGCUCAGAUCAAAAGAUGAAAAGUAAACCAGCCAAUGAAAAUAAAGCCAAGAUGGACGCUGCUCAACCGAGCCGCAUGAAACGGCUGCUUGGCUUUGAGCUGGCGGAUAUCAACAGUUGCAGGCGCUUUGUGAACUUCAUGAACGAACCGAGGGAUGCGUCGUCACUUGGCGUCCUCAGAAUCAUAUUUGCCAUCCUGAUGCUGGUGGAUAUCCCUCAGGAGCGCGGCAUGGCCAAGAUUGUAACCCGCUUCGGCGACCCCAACCAAUGUCACUUCCCUCUGUUCAACUUCCUGCAACCCCUGCCUGUGGACUGGAUGUACGUGGUCUACCUGGUCAUGCUUGUUGGUGCUAUUGGCGUCCUCCUGGGUGCCUUCUACCGUCUCAGCUGCAUCAUGUUCAUCAUCCCUUACUGGUACAUCUUCUUCUUAGACAAGACAUCUUGGAACAACCACUCCUACUUGUACGGUCUCCUCAGCUUCAUGUUGCUCUUCCUGGAUGCAAAUAGAUUCUGGUCACUUGACGGCUUGAGAAACCCUAAGCUGAGGAACGCACACGUCCCGCUGUGGAAUUACGCGCUCCUCAGGACCCAGAUAUUUUUUGUCUACUUCCUGGCCGGCGUGAAGAAGAUGGAUGCUGAUUGGCUGUUUGGAUACUCCAUGGGCGCGCUGUCCAGUCAUUGGGUCUUCGAUCCUUUCAAGAUAAUUAUGACCGACCAACAGAUUGAUCUCUUCAUUGUCCACAUUUGCGGCUUCCUCUUGGAUCUUACCAUCGGUUUCUUCCUCUUCUUUGAUAAGACGCGGCCCUUUGCCUUCAUCUUUUGCGGCAGCUUCCACGCGAUGAACUCGCAGAUCUUCAGUAUCGGGAUGUUCCCCUACGCCAUGAUGGCCACCAUGCCGGUGUUCUGCUACGCUGACUGGCCGCGUUACAUCCUCUCCCGCCUCCCAACGUCCUGGAGCAGCAAGCUCAUGGCUCCUCCUGACGUCCAGCAGAGAAGUGAGCACUGCGUGUAUGCGGAGGAAACCAGUUCUAAGGAAACUCCCAAAGACGUCAAACCCAAAGAAGCCAAAGAGAAGAAGCCCAAGACCCAAGAGUCUCACGGCCAGGGAGUUCCCCGCCUCCAUCACUACCUGGCCAGCUGCUUCUUCCUCCUCUACAUCGCCGCUCAGCUCUUCUUGCCGUUCUCUCACUUCCUGACCAAGGGCUACAAUAGUUGGACGGAAGGCCUGUAUGGCUACUCCUGGGACAUGAUGGUCCACAACUGGCACACCCAGCAUGUCAAGGUGCACUUUGUGGAUUUGGAGACUGGAGUAGAAGGCUACCUGGCAACUAAUUACUUCACGCCACAUUCUGGUCGUUGGGUCGGCCACGCCGACAUGAUCAAACAGUUUGGCACGUGCGUCAGCAAGAAGCUGAAGGACCAAGGGUAUAAAGAGCCCGCCAUCUAUCUAGACGUCUGGAAAUCAAUGAAUGGCCGAUUCUCGCAAAGGAUGUGGGACCCGCAUGUUGACAUAGUCACAGCCCCCUGGUCGCCAUUUGAAGACGUGGCAUGGAACCUGCCUCUGCUGACGGAGCUCUCCAAUUGGAGGGAUAAAGUCGAAGAGAUGGAGAAGGCGCUGGAGAAGAACGAAAUUGACGUGGCGUUUGUGGCAGAUUUCCCAGGGCUAUACCUUGAGAACUACGUGAGCGAAGACUUUGGCAACACCAGCCUGGAGGUGCUUAAAGGGGAGGUCGUGGUUGAGUUAGUUGACGAUCAGAAGAAUGUGACGCUCACAGAAGGAGACAAGAUGCAGGUCCCCGCCGGUCACUUCCACAACGUCCACACCAUCUCCCCCAUCCCGUCCUGCUACAUGUACACCUUUGUCAACGAGACGGCCAUCAAAUUUGACCAAGACGUGGACAAGUUCAUGAACGAGCAUUUAGCCGGCAAGAACUUCAGUUUUGCCACUGAUGAAAAACUCAUACUGGACGAUGUGGACGUGAACAUGUCAGACCCCAUGGUCUCUCUGAUGGUGGAACAUCUGGUGAGAGCCAACCAGAGAAUCAAGAAGAAAAACAUGACCAUGUUCCAAAAGACGCACCGGUUCUUCACGUCCAAAGCUCAGAUCUUGCAACACACUUUCGUACAGACUGCCCGGGCGUUGGGUCACAUCUUUCUGGGGAUGGACUCGGUGCUGACUCCGAUACUGCCGGCCACAGAAGACCAGGAACCUGCACAAGAACCCCCACAACAGCCCCCGCAACAGCCCCCGCAACAGCCCCCACACCCUGACGAUGAACUCUAAAGUCUGAACUCCGAACUCUCUUGCGACCUUCGACCUUAGCAGGUGGGAAAAGACAGCUAGAAAGACCAGCAGGGUUCAAGAAACUCCAGAGUGUUUGUGCCCAAUGUUGUCCGGGACAGGCAACAUCAAUCUAAGUAAUGGACAUAUUGUUGACUAAUUUCUUUUCAUCAUUCCGUAAUCGGACAUACCAUCGUAAACGUCUUGUAUUUUUGUGCCAAAUUCAAAAGCAUAAAGUGCCUGUGAGCUUGAAGUGGAAAUGUUUUAUGGAAGGCUAGUUUUUUGUAGUGUCAUGCAGUGUCGGAGCUUGGCAAAUACGCACAGUCAUGAAUUUCUAUACACCCGAGGACAAUGCUUUGUGGUUCCCUUUGUCCCUGUAAUAUAACACUCUCCCAUAGACUAAGCACAUAACCGUACGAUUGAGGACCGUUUUCAACAAAAGACCCAACGCUCGAGGAAUGAAAGGAUCUUUUGUUCUCCCUUUGUGUGUCUGUCCUCUAUCGUAAAGCCAUACAAAUACACAUAAACUAUAUUUAGUGUCAGGAUUUUAAGUUUACCACUGAAAAUGUAUGGUGUUAAAAAAACACCUUGAUAAUUAGGCGAUUAGCCACCAUAAAGACUCACUGAUAUUUGAAAACACUAAGAAGAAAGAAUUCUGCUGUAUUUAGCAAGUAUUCAAAACAGGACACUGUUUUUUUGCAUUUAGUCCUGUAAUCCCUUUCAGAAAAGAAAAUAUUGAAGCCUUCGUCGUUUAUUUAUUAAUUUUUAAUAUUGUGUAGACUUAUUCUGCUAAAGUAUUAAUUCACGUUAUUCAUGCUUGUAUCGCCAUGAACGUGAUAAAACUUGCCCAUUCGUGUCACAAUGCCGUAAAGACAUAUAUAUUUUGUUGUGCUCUUAGUAUCUAGUGAAUUUUUGUCUUUUUGUGGUUUCAUAGUUAUAUAUAUAUAUAGAAUGCUUUAUUGUCUGUAGAUUUACUUAAAGUGCAAUAUAUAAUGUAGUUGGUUUUGAGUUUUGUGAUGCUUGUACAGAUAAAAUGUUUUAGAUGGUUAGAUGUCGAGAUCACAAACUUGCAUUGUCUUGCCCUUUUUUUUUGGUCACAAGGGAAUUGUAGUUUUUGGGUGGUUUUGAUUACAAUCAAUUUAAAGCUUCCAUUUUUUGUUAAUCAUUUCAAUUUUUUUUUUUUAUUUCAUUUACUGUUUGUGUUCUUGUUGAGCCUGAAUUCAAUCAAAUGUCCUCAGUAAUUUGUAAAAUGUAAGGAACAAAUCCAAAACAAACUUUUGGAAAGUUUGAGGAUUUUUUUCUUAACAGAAAUACUUCAGCUACCUAGCUACAUUAUCUUGGUGAGCACUCAUUUUAAUUUGUUUUAUGUAGAAGUAGUCUUCAGCUUAGUUUUACAAAAUAUCUAUUUUGUAUUUUUUUUCCAGGGUCAUUUCGGGAUUUGGUUAUGUGCAAUAUGAAAGGUAUGCUAAAUUGAAAUGUUACAUUUUGUUCCAUAGCAAUCAAAUUGCUAAAAUGCUUUAUCAUCAUCAUCAUCAUCACCAUCGUUGGUUUAAGGCCGUUGUCCAGUCUGUUCUGGGUUGGCCACAUUCAUGUAAUAAUAAGCCUAUGAAACCAAAUAAAUGAAUUAAUUAAUUGAA